AUGGUGGAUCCUACUGAAACAGAAAUCGUUGAGGUCGACAACGUCGACGAAGUUACUAUUCUCAGUGAGAUCCAAACCGAGGCUGAUGAGGACGAACAAACACCUACUCGUGGUCAGGUUGCUACCGGCGCUGGCGAGAAUGCUGUCACCGGCGCUGGCGGGAAUGCUGUCACCGGCGCUGGCGGGAAUGCUGUCACCGGCGCUGGCGGGAAUGCUGUCACCGGCGCUGGCGGGAAUGCUGUCACCGGCGCUGGCGGGAAUGCUGUCACCGGCGCUGACGGGAAUGCUGUCACCGGCGCUGGCGAGAAUGCUGUCACCGGCGCUGGCAAGAAUGCUGUCACCGAGAAUGCUGUCACCGGCGCUGGCGGGAAUGCUGUCACCGGCGCUGACGGGAAUGCUGUCACCGGCGCUGGCGAGAAUGCUGUCACCGGCGCUGGCGAGAAUGCUGUCACCGGCGCUGACGGGAAUGCUGUUACCGGCGCUCAGGGCAUUUUCAGGAUGUUCUUUACCUGGUUCGUGGGGCUUUUCCCCAGUAAUGCACUCCCCAACGACUCCGAACAAGAAGCUCUCCUCAGCAGCUUGGUCGAUGGUGAACCAACUCUUCCUGUUGUUGCCGGCGGUGGAAACGGCGAUGUUGCUGGCGGUAGAAACGGAGGCGGUGCUGGCAGAGGAAACGACGUUGGUGCUCCCGGCGGUGGAUGGUUUUGCCGAAUCUGGGGAUACCUUCACCGUGAAGGUCCAAACGACAUUGAGGCCGGCUCUACUGCUCCUAAAGAUACCGCUCUUCUUGCUCCCCGCGGUGGGUGGUUUCGCCGGAUCUGGGGAUCCCCUCACCGUGAGGGUCCAAACGACACCGAGGCCGGCUCUACUGCUCUUGACGAUACCGCUCUUGUUGCUCCCCGUGGUGGGUGGUUUCGCCGGAUCUGGGGAUUCCGUCACCGUGAAGGUCCAAACGACAUCGAGGCUGGCCCUGCUGCUCCUGAGGUUGUCGCUCCUGUUUGA